AUGGAGUUCCAAGGCAAAAUCGUUGUUGUCACAGGCGCUGCUGCUGGUAUAGGACAAGCUCUAGCCCGAGAAUAUGCACAUCAAGGAGCUCGCGUGGUGUUGGCAGAUAUCAACCUCGCGCCACAAGAAUCGACCGUCGUGGAAUUGCGAAGAUCCGGUUUGGAAGCUUACGCAUACGAGGUUGAUGUAUCCAGCGAUGAGCAAGUCACUGAGUUCGCCGCCUCUGUACUCCGGGAUGUGGGUGUUCCAUGGGUGAUACACAAUAAUGCCGCGAUAACUUGGUCCGGAAGUAUCGUUGACAUUGAGAUCGAGGAUUUGCGCCAACAGAUCGACGUGAAUGUAUUUGGCUAUCUCCGUGUCACAAACGCCUUUUUACCCUCUAUGAUUGACCGCGGCAGCGGACAGAUUGCGAUCACGGCAUCCCCCAACGGCAUUAAUCCUCCACCAAUGGUCGCCGCGAACCUGGCGGCGUAUUGCUUAUCUAAGGCCGCCAAUGUCUCGAUGGCACAAUGUCUGGCGGUGACGCUGAAGCCGCUCGGUAUCGCUGUCUCGCUACUGUUUCCUGACCUGACGAAUACGCAUCAGGGAAGGCAAUUCACCGGGAAGGCAUCCACGGAGUUUCACCAGAUGCUCGCGCAUAUCAUGAGCAAUGCCACUGCAGCUGAUAAUGUUGCCAAGAGACUCAUUGAGGGUAUCAAGGUGGGCAAGUUUUUCGUGAAUGCAAUGCCUGGCUAUGAAGCAGCGCUGCUGGAAUGGGCGAAGAAUGAGUUGGACCCUCAUAGAGACUGGGUGGGAGAAAACACUCCGCGUUUGAUGAAGAGCAGACUAGGCCAGGUUUGA